GUGUGCCAAGUGUGCUCACUCACAUGUUCCUUUGUAGUUCUGCACUCGAUAAUAUAGAGAAACAAUAGGACAAACCACACUUCAUGGGCUGACAGCCGAUCGCGUCUUGAUGUUUAAAAUUAAUACGUACCCACAUCGUAUCCAUAUCGUAUCCAUACCAUUUUGUUCUUUAGCUGAUUAGUUUGAUAAUGUUUCCACAUUUUUAGGAAUAUUUUUAGAGCGAUGUAUUUGAAAUCUACUAUAGAAUCAACUGAUAUUACCAUUUGCCAAGUUAUAACAGCUGAUUAAAUAGUUGCAAUUUGGAAUUUAUUUUCAAUAGAAAUGUUUUUGUUUCGCUCUUGGUGGUAUGAAAUCCACCCGCAGACUGUGCUUAAUACAGAUGGCAAAUGUUGUGCCUCUACAAGAUAACGUUUGCCCGCCAAUUUUUCUAUUCAAAAGAAUUCUAUUCAACGCGAAUCAUCCGGCCUUAUCUUUUUAGGCAUUUUACGUUCACGCAAUUCACCAUUUCUCUCUUUUAAACCAACAAUACAUAUAAAAUAUUCAUAGCCAAAUUAUGAGUCUAUUCCUUCUCACACUCCUUUUACUUUCGCAAUUUUCAGCGCUUUCAUAAUAUACCUCAUACACGUACUCGUACAUGUACUCUAAUAUUUCUCAUACUACGAAAUCUACUAUAUUCUGUUCUAUCCUGCAAUCCUUCAAAAAAAAGUUUCGUGACCAUAUCGUCUUCAAAAGUAGAAAUAUAUAAAAAGAAGUACAUACGAAAAAAAAAUUUAAUUUGUAAAUUGAAAAAGAUAAUAAUAAUCCUAGUUACGUAGCGAACGUUGAACACGCAUAACUUUCUUGUCUAUUGUAUAUAAACUCAGCGAAACAUCUGUUUGUUGACUUUCUGACUCACAGAAGAAGAAGAAAGACAAGGAAUUUGUUUACAAUUUUUUGUGGAGAUUGUCAACGCCAAUCUGAUUGAAUUUAUUUUUUCCUAUCCAGUUUUCAAAAACGUUUUCUUUCGGGAAAUUUUUUUUGUAGCAUAAAAAUACUUAGCGUUAAUCUUUAUUUGCGAAAUUUUCAAACAUUUUUAAAAUUUUUAGUUCAGAAACUUGCACAUAUAAUAUAUAACAAAAUAUGUUACGCAGCGUGUAAACGAAAAUUCUUUGACUUUUAAAAAUUUGUGUAAUAAAUUUGUCCGGAAAAAUGAUAUUAAAUAAUUAAAAGAAAUUCACAAAUUCAAUAUGAAUGCUUUUUCUACAAAAUUAAACUACGCGGAAGCUGAAUAUGGAAAGAAACUGGAGUGCUGUGUAAAAUAAAUAAAAAGCAGAAAAACAAAGAAUGAACGCAACUCGACUCCAUAACUUCGUAAAAUAAAAUGGCAAUAGCUUUAGAAAGUGGUUCAUAUUAGCUUCCAUUUUUUCUUUUACGCUGCUUAACGAAGAGAAAAACUUUCGACCACAUACACCUUCAAUUUCAUACUAUAAUAAAACACCUUUCUUUCCAUAUUCGCAACAAAUUUUUCCCAUUUAUUCCAUUCAAAAUUGCUUAAGCAUGAAUUUUUGCCUUCAUGAUGGCUAGGUUGGUGUAUUUCAUACGACCAAAAUUUUAAACUCCAGGAUAAUAUAAAAUCAAGUUUUUUUUUCUUUAAAAAUUAUAUAAAAUUUAUUCCACAAUAUUCAACACUCUCGUAAAAGACAUAUUUAAAACUGCGGUUGUAUGCUUUAUUGCUCUUCAUGCUGCUGGCUUGGUUGGUGCAAUUUAGUUAGUAAAACUUGUCUGUCGCUAGCACCUCUUUUGGGCGGUGGCACAUACAUUUGACGUCCACUUCAAUAUCGUUGAGAAUUGCCAACGUUUUUAGAAAACUGAAAUUGUUGAGGCUGCACCAAAGAAACUUUUUUUUCACGCCGAGUCUUCUCUUGUUGAUUUGGUGAAUAACAGAAGAAGAAGGAAUAGAUUUUGCACCACACGAGAUGGGUACGGAUGAACGCAAUUUUCGUUCAAGUUAUUACGAAAAAGUUGGAUGCCAUAGUGUCGAAGAAAAGAAAUCACUUAAUAAAUUACUUCAGGAUAAUAUACGUAAUCAUGCAAAAUUGAAACAAUUUUGUUUAAGCUACACUGUACCAAGUACAACGAGAAGUUUGUUGUGGAACAUAAUACUUGGCGUUAUGCCUUUGCAUAAGAAUUCUACGGAAUAUAUUAUGGAACAGCGUAAAGCAGUCUAUGAUGAUCUUUUGCGUGCAGUAACCGUUAUGCAGAUUAUCAGUGCAAAUACUCCGAAAAGUAAGGUUCUGCUAAGUAUGUGGCAGUUAGAGCAGAAUCGUUUAUUAUAUUCAAACAACGAUAAAAUUGAUUUGGAUAAUAACUUUGUUGAGAUAGUCAAAGUGUUAUUGCAAAUAUUUGAAAACGAUGUCGAAACAUAUUGGCUGGCGAAAGAGUUUUAUUCAUGCACCAGAGAAAUUGCACAAGACUGCGGGAAGUUAAAGGAAUUAUCGCAGAAUUUGUUAAGAAAGGAAGAUAGUAAUUUGUUCAAUCAUUUAGAAAAUUUGGCGGUAUUUUCCUCGAACGAUUUGCUGGACAAAUGGUAUGUUACCGGAUUUGCUGGUGUGAUAAGUGAGUCAACGCUAGUGCGUGUGUGGGAUAAAAUUUGCGGUGGCUCGAGGAAGAUCGUGGUAUUCAUAUUUUUGGAAUUAGCCAAGGUUUUAAAGGGCAAUGCUUUAAAAUGUCACACCCGGCAAGAAUUUAAGACGCUGGUAGAACAGAUCAAAGAUCAAGAUGCGGUUAUAGUUAACAAAGCCAUAAAGAAUUGGCAGAAUAACAAGCAACAUAGCGAAAUAAAAAUUCAUUAAAUCAUUAUUUGUAAUAAAUUUAUAACUACAUAAAUAUAUUCGAAAAUGGCAUUCUUCACUCGGCAGCGAUCUCUGCAAUUCUAAUAUAAUUGGACACUAUAUCCAAGAGAGAAAGUAAUUCUUCGGUCUAACCGAUAAGUUAAUACGUUUUUCAACCACUAACUGAGUGCCGCAUAUUAUGUUAGGUGCAAAUAGAAUUGCCGAUAGAAUGAGAAAGUAGUAUAGAUAUUCCACUUCAUAGGUCACCGAUCACUGUCGUACCUUAAUGUUGAAAACUAUUGAAAAUAAUAAUGAAGAGCCCAAAAAUCGGAAAU